UGUGGAGAUGGUGCGUGGCUGGGAGCGCCGGGCACCGCGGCUGCGGGUCCUGGCUCACCAGUCCCUCUGCCCUGCAGAUCUGCACCCUGCUCUUCAUCAGCCUCUACCUCCUCUGCCACUUUGUCAUAACCCACUUCAAAAAGCACACGGACUUUGCUGAAGUUCAUGAUGAUGAGGAUGCUGCUGUCAACAGGAUCGCGCUGGCUCUGUGCACCUUCACGCUGGCCGUGUCGCUGGGCGCCGUGCUCCUGCUGCCCUUCUCCAUCAUCAGCAACGAGGUGCUGCUCUGCUUCCCCCGCAGCUACUACAUGCAGUGGCUCAACGGCUCUCUCGUCCACGGCCUCUGGAACUUAGUCUUCCUCUUCUCGAACCUGUCCCUCGUCUUCCUCAUGCCCUUUGCCUACUUCUUCACUGAGUCGGAGGGCUUUGCAGGCUCCAAGAAGGGCAUCAUGGCCCGGGUGUACGAGACAUCGGUGGUGCUGCUGCUGCUGACACUGCUCGUGCUGGGCAUGGUGUGGGUGGCCUUGGCCCUGGUGGACCGGGACGCGGCCAGCCGCGAGUCGCUGCACGCCCUCUGGCAGUGCUACCUGCCCUACCUCUACUCCUGCCUCUCGCUGCUGGGCCUGCUGCUCCUGCUGCUGUGCACCCCCUUCGGCCUCUGCACCAUGUUCACCGUCAUGGGGAAGCUGCUGGUGAAGCCCCGGCUCCUGGAAGCCCUGGACGAACAGCUGAGCUGCACGAGGUUUGAGGAGGCCUCCGUGUCCCGCCGCAUUUUGGCUGAGCUGCGGUGCAGAGCGUCGCCCUGGCAGAGGAACCUGGGGUACCCGCUGGCCCCGCCGGGCACCUCUUGCAGCCCCCCCCAGGCCCAUCUCACCCGGGCCCGUUGCCCUGCAGAGCUGCGGUGCAGAGCGUCGCCCUGGCAGAGGAACCUGGGGUACCCGCUGGCCAUGCUGGGCCUCCUGGCGCUCACGGGCAUCUCGGUGCUUGUCGUCUGCUUCCACGUGCUGGAGCUGCUGCUGGACGAGGCGGCCAUGCCCCGGGGCACGCAGGCCACAGCCCUGGGCCAGGUCUCCUUCUCCAUGCUGGGAUGCUUCGGAGCCGUCCUGCAAGUCGUCCUCAUCUUCUACCUGAUGCUCUGCUCUGUCGUGGGCUUCUACAGCUCCCCCCUGUUCACCCGCCUGCUGCCCCGGCGCCAGGACACCCCCCUCCCAAAGAUCAUCGGGAAUUGUGUCUCCUUGUUGGUGCUCAGCUCGGCCCUGCCCAUCUUCUCCCGGACGCUGGGCAUCACACGCUUCGACCUCCUGGGCCACUUUGGCCGCUUCAACUGGCUGGGCAACUUCUACCUCGUCUUCCUCUACAACGUGGCCUUCGUGGCACUGGCCGCCCUGUGCCUGGCCAGGGAGGUCACCUGGGCCGUGCAGGCCGAGCUGCUGCGCGCCUUUGGUUGUAAUUAUCCCUCUUCCUGGCUGGGGCCAUCCAGCCCUUUCCAGAGCAGCCGGAAGGGAGUGGGGCCGAACCGCUGCAAGGAGCGGGUGAACUCCCUGGCCAUCGCUGUGAUGAACAUGUGGCCAGGGGUGAAGCUGCGGGUGACGGAGGGCUGGGAUGAGGAUGGGCACCACCUCCAUGACUCACUGCACUACGAGGGCCGGGCGCUGGAUAUCACCACGUCGGACCGGGACCGGGACAAGUACGGCAUGCUGGCACGCCUUGCUGUUGAGGCUGGCUUCGACUGGGUCUAUUACGAAUCCAAGGCGCACGUGCAUGUCUCCGUGAAAGCAG